ACGUGGCAGAUGGACGCAGACGUUCCUAAUAUAGUGCUGUCGUGUCAGAUAUCACCUGAUAGGUUUAUCCCCAUUUUCACUUUACUGCCUAACGACUUGGUACUCACACACUCACAUAUACGAACCGAUGUGUCAUGUGAUCUGACCUAUGAAGCACGUCGCAUGACAUAGCUCAAAUCGUGUUCAGGAAUUACUCGGUACUGGUGCCAUUCUGAUAUCAACAUGCCAAGCAAACUGACGGACCUUGAUGACGUCAUAAAGAAGUGGGCGUGGGCGACAUUUAUUAAAACAAAAGGACAACACGACUACAACGACUACCAGCUACACGUGGUGUGGGAUGGUGUCCGAUUUAGUACAGAGCAGCCCACGUAUUUCUUUGGGAGAUACGAUUACAAAACACCCAGAUCAACGUCCCUUUUCAAGGCCAAUUACGACAACCACACCGACGUCACGCAUGACCAUGAGAUAAGGGAACAACGCACGACAUCGGCGACAGCGAGGGUUGUAAUAAAACUAGGUUUUUGUCGUGGAGCGGAUGUAGGUAUAAAACUUACCGCUCCCGAAGAUGUCGCAGGCGCGUUUAACAACGGCAUAUUCAUCGCCGGUGAGGGAGACAACAGGGCAGAUAACUCUAUUUCCUGGGUGAUCAAGUACAGCGUGACAGCGCCACCUAUGCGGAGAACCACUGCCAUGGUAAGGGUCGUUGAGAAACGUUUCAAAUGCCGCUUCAGAACCACCGUGGGUAUACAGGGACGGGUCGUUGUGUUAGUUGUAAACACCACUGACAACAGUCAGGUUCGAAUUCAGGUCGAGGGUGACAUUGCAACUAUCAUCGGAGACGCAAUAUACCGACGUGAAAUAUAUUUCCCUAACUGUGUCUAUGUUCAGGGAGACAUGGUCAAGUGGCCAGUUAUUGGUAAACUACAUGUCUCGCAUGGCGUGUCACAAGAAAUGGACCUUGCACAAGAGCAACUACCUACUGGAGUGGAUUCCAGAACCUAGGUUGGGCUGACGUUAAAAUGCAUUUCUCAAAUGAUAUAUCGAAGGGGAUUUGUUGAUGUCAACAAUGGAUAUUUAUAUGUAAAUUUCUUAAACAAAACUGAUUGUUCAGUUAGACAAAGCUGAUUGUUCAGUUACACAAAACUGAUUGUUCAGUUACACAAAGCUGAUUGUUCAGUUACUUAAACUAAACUGAUUAUACAUUUACUUAAACCAAACUGAUUGUUCGGUUCUCCCUUACACAGAAUACAGCAACACGUUUUGAAGCAAUAAGCGAUGGAUGCCUUGAGAUACGAUAUCCUGACAGUGUGUUCCAGGGAAAUAUUGUACUUUGCUGAUUGUAUGCUAAAGUUUAGUAAAAUUUAUAUUCAUCAACAUUGUCAUUGUUUUCAAAGGUACAGACAGAAUAACUGUAUGUGUGAACGGUGUUACCUGUGUUUUCACAUUAAAGGCGGAUGUUCCUUCCUCAA